AAGGAGAUGAGAGCACUGAAGCUCUCCUGCUCUCUCACUCCUCUCCAGCACGAACACUGGAAGACAGACACGCCUGUGCUCCGCUCCAUAGGAGAGGAUUAACGGUACAGAGCACUAUGGGAGCAUCUCGCCUGUGAUCUGCCUGUCUGCUGGCUUCCCAGAGAAAUCAGCCAUCGCGUGUGCAGACGGCUCGAACUCUGACUCCCUGGGAAACGGCUCCUGUGCAUGUGGAACACUUGACCUCUGACUCCUUGCAUGUGAGGACACCUCUUGCUUCAUAUUUGCGGAGUUUCUGGCUCUGCGGAUGAGGACACCCUGACCACUAUUGCCGUGGACCAUGCUGGCUAAAGCCUAGCCCAGACGCUGUUCCUCAGUCACCUUCGGCAUGAUUUUCUCCAGCACGAUCGUCCUUGGGGCUACCCUGGGCACUUCUGCCGGGGCACUCACCCUCUGCGUGCUUUCCCUGCUCUGCAAGCACUACAAGAAGUGUCACCUGGAAGGGCCGCAGGAGGAUGACCCAGAGAAGGUCAAGCCCAGCGUGAAGCACUCUGCUGAGCAGUUUAGUAUUGAGAAAUCGACAGAACCCAUCCAGCCUGAGACUCUCCUGAAAUUUCCCAAGACCUACAAACCAAAGCCAUCGGUGACCUCUCCCAAGGUCAUCGGCCUUCCCUCUUAUGCCUUAGAGACAACGGACGAGCCCUCGCCAGAUAAAGCUGCCAGUCUUCAGCCGGAACAUGGUAUCCUAGCAACUGAGGGAACGGUGGAGGUCCCCGUCAUCCCUAGGCAAAGUUGCACCAAUGACAACAUUGUCGCAGCCGAACCAAAGAAGAGUAUGACAGCAAGCAGCUCCAUCAUCCAUCCGAAGCUGCAUUUCUCCCUCAGAUAUCACAGCCAGAAGAAGGAGCUGCACGUCAUUGUGAUAGAAGCGGAGCACGUGACUGCGGAGGCUGGCUGCGAGGGCUACGUGUCAGGUCUGCUGACCACCACCAGGACCCGAAAGGAGGCCCAGACCUCCAUGCGUCGCCUGGCAACCACCAUGCGUUGGCAGGAGGGUCUGAUGUUCCCCCUGCCGGAGGGCAGCCAGGGAGAGGGCGAGGUGGCCUUGUCCCUCCACAGCUGGGACCGCUUCUCCCACCAUGUCAUCCUGGGCACCAUGCGCUUCAAGCUGGCAGACAUAAGCAUGAUGUGCAACGCCGACUGCUGGGUCGACCUACAGCCUCCCAAGCAGGACAUGAGUGCAUCUGCUGGGGAGAUCCUGCUGUCCAUCAGUUACCUGCCGGCAGCCAACCGCUUGGGUGUGGUGGUCAUGAAGGCUCGCGGGCUGCAGAACCUUCGGCUGAAGGACUCCAUUGACCUCUCCGUGAAGCUGGCGCUGAGGCACCAGGCCACGAAGCUGAAAAAGAAGCAGACGCGGCACGUGAAGCACAAGAUGAACCCAGUGUGGAACGAGAUGAUGAUGCUGGAGGUGCCCCGCGAGCUGCUGGCCAAGUCCAGCCUGGAGCUGGAGGUGCUGAACCUGGGCGGCGACGGCAAGCUGGACCUUCUGGGAAAGUGCCAGCUGGGCCUGCAGUCCUCGGGGGUGGGGCUGCAGCACUGGCAGCAGAUGCUGGAUAACCCACGCAAGCAGAUCGCGAUGUGGCACCCCCUCAGCAUAUGAGCGACGGACACCUGCUUUAAAGGGCCAGCGCAGUGUAGCAGGUCCCACUGGCUAGUCAAAAGCAACACCAGAAUCACCAGGAUUGUAAAAUUAAUCACUGUCUUUCAGACCCCUAAAUCAAACACAAUAAUUCCGUAGAAUUGUGAGUCCCAAACCCCAAAUGACACCCACUGGCUAGUCAAACGUAUCACCAGAGUCACCGGAGUUGAAAAAUGUAAAAUCACUAUCUCCCGCACCCUUGAAUCAAACAAGAUGAUGCUAUGCACCAAAUGUCAGUCCCGAACCCUGAAUGACACCCACAGAAAAGCGUAUUUUAGUUACACUCAUCCUGACGGGGCAGGAGACAAUGUGCAGUGAGUGGAGUGAGCUGAUCUUAUCUAACGUGUAUGACGCGUGGAGAAUGACACAGGCGAGAGUCAUGCCGUCCCCAAAGCUCACAGAAGAUCGCUAUAACCAGGACUGUCAUUUCCUUCUUGACGUAUUUCCUCUAUAAAUGAGUCCUUCAUUACCGAGUUCAUGGAUAAUUAUCGAACUGCAGAAUUGAAGUAGACAUUAGAUCAAUAACAAUAUUGCAGAUGUGUGUAACGGUAAUUAAAUGUUGACACAGAUACAAAAACUUGCUCGUUUAAAUGUAGGAUUGUUCGAUUCCUGCCCUGGGUUUGUAUGUUCUCUGAGUAUUUGUCUGGGUGUCUUUGAAGUACUCCUGUUUUUUCCUGUGAUGCAGGUGUGUGGUAGUUGAAUUGGUGUCUCUAAAUUGCCCUUAGUGUGUGGUUGUAUACAUUUCCGUGUGUGUGCUCUGAUGGACUGGUAUUCCGCCCAUGGUGUCCUCUGCCCUAUGCUUCCUGGUAGAAUCCGGAUAGAAAGAUGGUGCUCUACACAUAUAUAUCCAGGAAAAAAUAAAAACAUGUUAGUGGAAGGGUGGGAUGGUAGGGGAAAAGAAUGGCGAAAGUUCAUCAGUACCACUCUACAAUUAUAAUGGACAAAUUAAUAAUUUAAGAUAUUCAGUAUAACAGUGCAAUACUAUUUUAAUCUGUCAUUAAUGGAAACACAUCUUACAGUUCUGCAUAUAUUUCAUUGUUCACACAUAUAAGCAAGGAGCACCGAUACUUUAUAACCAUUCCCUAAUAAAGCAAUUUGUCAUACACUUGUGCCGAUGAUCAAAUAUAGUGCUACUAUUCACUCACACUAAUAAUUCUGUUGUUUGAGUAAGGUAACAGGAGCUGGAUCCAUAGAGAAAGUGGUUCUGGAAGCUCAUUUGUCCUUUAAUAAUACUGUAUGUUCUCCACCAAUACGCAGACAGCAACCAAAAGAUGUCCUCCCAUUCAGUUUUUGCUGAAGAAACAUAUAUUCACCUCACGGGUGUAGGUUUGGUUUCAACGUCGUUAGGGACCAAAUACGCCGCAAAGCCCCCAUCCCCCUAAAUACACACAGCACUCCCAUAAUGUUGGUAAUAACACAUCUCUACCAUCCUUAUCCAAAUCUGUUCCCUUCGUUGACCUGUUUCAUUGUCAGAAAUCCACUUCCCCUCCAAAGUACCCUUUCAUGAUUUUUUUUUACUGUUUCUAGUGUGUUUCCCAUUCACUGUGGAAAUGCCUUACAAGUCAGGUAGGCCUAUUAUCAUCGGUGGAUUGGUGCAGUACCUGACCAUAUCAGAUAGGACGUCAUUAAUGUUGACAUAGACCAAUAAAGAACUGAAAAAAGGUAACAUGCAUGCAAUAAAAAAAAGUUACACCUUGUUUUUUAACAGUGAGGAAUUGUCAAUGAAGAAAUACAGGUAACAGCAAUAGGUGUGUUUACAUUGCCUUCUUGGUAGGUGCCUGCACUCCAGUGAGAGAUGAGUUUUACCUGUUUUACACUUAUUACACAAAUUUCAGGUACAUGAGAGGCAGCUCUUGCAAAAAGUACAUCUUUAGAACUGCCUGUAAUAAGUUCUUAUUCAAUAAGAAUCAACCUUCUCAACACUCAAGAAGACGUUUCAAUAAAAUGAGAAGUAAAAUGCCUUCCAUUCAUAUAGUUACUGAAUGUACUGAAAUGAUUGUGAAAACAGUGAAGUGAUGUCACAAUACAACUGCCUGCCAAUGGUAUCUAAAGAUAUCCCUGCAUUCAAUGUGAAUUCAUUUUAUGCUAAUUUCAACCUAUUCUAGAGAUUCGAGUGAUGAAUAACAGUGAGUAAUACUUCCCAGAGGAAGGACAUACAGGAGACACAACAAUCAAAAAAUAGUAAAAAUCAAAUUAAAUGUCUGUGAUUUUUCCUGCAUCUCCAAUAAUCGAUAUCUGAAUGGUAUUGGGUUCUGUUGUGAAUUUACCAUGUAAUAAAUGUACAUAUUGAAAAAUGA